UCUUCUCUGUCCAAGGCCAGCCCCUGUUCAGAGCCAGGGAAACCCUGUAACCCAUGUCUCGAUGCAGCCAAGGCCUGCAACCUCAAUGAAACCUGCAAGAGACAACGCUCCAAUUACAUCGCUAUCUGCAACAAGCCCUCUCAGCCCUCACUGGCCAACCAGGAGCCUUGCAGCCGCAAACGAUGUCACAAGGUGGGUGGUGGUUGGACCUGUCACAAAUGACAUCCUAUUCCCUAGUAAUACACUACUUCUGACCAGAGCCCCAUCACAUAGUGGAUGAUGAUGAUGAUGACAAUAAUGAUAUUAUUAUGUUGUGUUCCCAGGCGCUGCGUCAGUUCUUUGAGCGUGUGCAGUGGGAGCUGAGUUACCCCCUGUUGUUCUGCUCGUGUCCGGACCAGGCCUGUGCUGAGAGACGUAGACAGACCAUUGUACCUGCCUGUUCCCACCAGGAGAAACACAGACCCUCCUGUCUAGAGCUACGACGCACCUGCCGCUCCGACGCACUCUGCAGGUAA